GAGAAACAUCCUACAGGGUUUAAAUUUUAUUAUUAAAGUUUAUUCCCCAAACAGGAAGAAACGCCACCAAACAGAAAUCUUUCUCUUUUAAAAUUAGAAGAUAAAUCAAGGAAUAUGGACUCUAUAAAUUCCAGAACUCAGGAAACAUCCUCUUCUACUACAGCCAACAUUAGAUCUUUUAAAUGUUCAGACUGUGGGAGGAGUUUUACUAAACCGAGUAAUCUCCGAACCCACCAGCGCGUUCACACCGGAGAGAAACCCUUUCACUGUACAGAAUGUGGGAAAUGUUUUGCUGCACUGAGUAAUUUCAGAGUUCACCAGCGAAUUCAUACCGGAGAGAAACCGUAUCUCUGCGUAGACUGUGGGAAACGCUUUACCGGACAGGGAGCUCUAAUAGCACACCAGCGCGUUCACACCGGAGAGAAACCGCAUCAGUGCUCAGAGUGUGGGAAGCGGUUUACCCAACAGAGUGGUUUUGAAGCGCAUCAGAGAAUUCACACCGGAGAGAAACCGUAUUCCUGUUCAGACUGCGGGAAGAGCUUCAGUCGACAGAGUGUUCUCCAAAACCACCAGUUUAUUCACACCGGAGAGAAACCGCAUCAGUGUUCAGACUGCGGGAAGAGUUUUAAUCGACAGAGUGAUCUUAGAGUUCACCAGAGCGUUCACACCGGAGAUAAACCGUAUCCCUGCGCAGACUGUGGGAAACGCUUUAGUGUACAGGGUCGUCUCCUCGCACACCAGCGAAUUCACACCGGAGAUAAACCGUUUUAUUGCACAGAGUGUGGGAAACGUUUUACCCAACACGGUGGUUUUGAAGCGCAUCAGCGAAUUCAUACCGGAGAGAAACCGUAUUCCUGUUCACACUGCGGGAAGAGUUUUACUGUACAGAGUAACCUGGAGAGACACCAGAGAAUUCACAGACGGAGAGAAAAGGAAUUAGCGUGUGAAAAGUUUUACUCCACAGGAUAAUUCAUAUAGAUUUUUCAGGAUUUUCUGUGUGUAAAUUCUUUUUAAAAGUAACAGAAAAGAACACAUUUUCCAUCUUCUGAAUAUGAAUAACCCAGACAUUGAUUGAAGCGGCAGGUGUCUUCAUCAAAGUGUGAUUAUCUGCCAAGAAACAAAGACUUUACAAACAAGAA